UGAAUGAAGUACUCUUGUUUUAAAAUCUCCCCGCUCUGCUUUUCAUUGUUAUGACAUCCCAUGAACACUUUAAAAUACUCAUGAUAACUUUUGACAACUCUAUAACCUGUAUAACCUGUAUAACCUGUGCUGUUGGAGAAGAUGCUCCGUUUGACCGAUGCCAGGUGGAUCUGACGACCCAUCUCAUCUACAAGUGACGCGACGCACAUGUUAUUUCCGCGUUUGCAAGAUAGAGUAUCCUUUAGAAACGGAGCGUUUCGUGUCGCUUGCAUGUUGACAGAGUGAAAGAGAAAAUAAGAGUAAAAACUCAGGUUUUAAAGGAAAAGAUUAAAGGAUUUUUUGACACUAACUUCCAUCCGAUGACAAGUGGAGUUGUGAUGCUGAAAGGAGGAUAUCUAUAUCACGAUCAUCCGCAUGCAGACUGUCAUACAAAUCCCUGAAGAUCCGGGAGAUAUUUGGAAACAGAUGGGAAUGCACUGGAAGAGUGAUGAACAGCCAGACUUCAGAACUCACUUAUGACAGCAGCGAGAGAAAAAAAUAGAAAGUGAAAGUGAAAACAAAAUUGUAAACCUAUGGUGCUUGCCUGCAAAUGCUCGCGGAGCUGGUGUUCAUCUAAAGAAAACACAAUAAAUACACAAUAAUCGAUCGACUGAUUCAGCGCGAGACCUUCAGACGGGAUGGACACGCGCACAGAUGGGGGUAAAACGAAAGAGAAACGACCCAUCCACAGGAUGAGGAGUCCUUCACGGUACACCCGCCCUUAUCGACCAAGGUUUGGAGGGAAAUACUUUCGUCCACGGUUUUUCAGGACUGUUGAUGAGCGCUCUUUGCGACGUCCAGGUUUUGUGUUGAGGUAUCAGAGGUAUCACGCAGGCCAGCACUCCAGACUUCAGCGGAGCAGAGAACACAGCCCAAAACUGCUGCUGAAGCACAGAGCCUCGUCCUCAUCCAGUCAGCAGUCUAACAGAGACAAGAACUCUUCCACAGCUGCCAGAGAACACAGUGAACACAACAGCACAGAUGUUCCUCAGUCCUCCUCUGCAGACAGACCAUCACUGUCGUUUACUGUGUCACAAGAAGGUCAGGCCAGAGACGCUCUCCCAUCUCUGACACGUGCAGCAGCUCGAAAUAGAGCCAUACAGAGAAAACGGGAGCAGAUAGAAGAGGUGUACCGACAGGACUGUGAUACAUUUGGGAUGGUUGUGAAGAUGUUAGUGGCCAAGGAUCCAUCCUUGGAGAGGCCAAUUCAGCUGUCUCUGCGUGAAAACUUGAGGGAUAUUGGCUUGCGUUGCGUCGAAGCCAUGGAGGAUUUUAUUCAAGAGUAUGACUCCAGAGAGCCAGACAAUCCAUCCACCUCAAAAGUACACUCCAUCUAGUGAUGAGUGCAAAACUUUUUAAGGACUUGGGUUCACUUCACUGUCAUGUUUUAGGGUUAGGUUAGAUCAGUAACUUGGCAGGUAAGUAUAUCUCCGGGAAAUGUAAGUGUAGAGUAGUUCUAGCGGGAAGACUCACAGCUGUACACCGUUACUCUGCUAUGUUAUAGGUUACUCCAAGCCAAUCAUGCGUCAGCCAUUGCUUUAUAAGGCUGCUCACAAUCUAUCACACUGCUGUUUCAGUGUGCCAACACAGCAACCUCCACCACCCCACCACCACAGGUUGAGUCCCGUCCUACACAGGGGUAGGCCCCUUGCCCCCUGCCUCCAAUCUCGGAUAUGACUGUUCCGAGUACAACUUCUUCGGACCACCAGCGGGGGCUUACGCCAAAGAGAGACAUUACAUUUCUGUUUUUUAUAUUCAUCAAAUAAAUAUCAUCUUAAAGUCUGUGAGUCAUCCUGAUAGAAAGAUACUGAAGGCUUAAAAAGACUGCAUCAGUAAAUGUAAAAAAAAAGAAAAAAGAAAAAAAGAAAGAAAAAUUAACUGCUCAACACCAUAAGUAGUUGAAGGUAUAAUUUUAUCUGUGUACCAUGCAAUGUCAGAUAUUCUCUGAAUUGGAAAUAAUGUCUAGCCUGAUUUAUGUAUUUUUUUUUUUUUUCGAAUAGUAAUUUGCAGAUGUUGUCUUAUGGGAGUAUAAUAUUAAUCUUCUCUUCUCUUCUCUGCUGAUGUUCUGAGUUUAAUUGCUUAGAUUUGUAUUUUAAAAUACACUGAAAUUCAAGCUAAAACAUUAACCAAGAAAAAAAAAAAAAGGGAUAAUGUGAACUUAUCUUAUUCAGUUACAUUACGGCAUGUUAAAUAUAUAUAUAUAUAUAUAUAUAUAUAUAUAUAUAUAUAUAUAUUAAUAUUAUAGAAUGGUUACGCUUUAUUAUGAUUUUCAUAAACAUUAAUAUUACAUAAUAUAAUGCAUAACUGAACAUAUGCAUAUUUAAUUGGACAUCACCUACUGAUCAGUUAAGCAGACAGUAUAUACUAUUUGUAAAUUAUGUAUUAAAAGAAGAUAUUAUGCUAACUAAGACAUACUAUAAAUAUUAUAAAUAUAUUACUGUAACUGUUUACACAUUUUAUGUCUGCUGGCAGGUGGACAGUAGCAUUUAUUUAAAUUAACUAUUUCUUUAAAAAGUUUCAGAUAAAGACAGUAUGUAUAGCAUGUUAUGAUGUUAACAAGCCUAAAAUAUUGGUGGAAGUCAGAUCAAAUAAUAAUGAAUGCCAUUGUACAUAAACUUGAAACACUGGUAACAUGAUUUGAAUUAUUGUGCACUGAAGUGUUUGGCUUGUUUGUGUUAUUUUGAUGGUGCCAUUUGUAUGUCAGGAUACAAUACAUCUGUUGCAGUUAUUACAAAUGAAACUGUCAUCUAUUACUGUAAUAUUUAGAACUGUAAUAUUAGAUUUGCUGUGUGGGAAAAACCACAAAGGGAGAUUAUGCAACACUGAAGCAACUUAAACUAAUGCAAAACUUUAGUUCAGAAAAAGUUUAGACAGGCUCAUCUGAAUGUAUUACCAGAAAAUACAAUACGAAACAAAUUUUUUUUUUUUUUUAAUGUAGCACCUUAACU